AUUCAUCGUCGUCACGGUCGAAUCGCCUUAAGACACUCCCACCAAUAAGGGGUCAGAGCCGUGAGCCUCUGUUCACUUGUUCAUCCGCAGAGCCGAAGCCAACCUGGAUUGACCGAAGCGACGCGCUCACCACACCUCUACGACAAUGAUGAAACAAUUCUUCUUCACGAUAAUGGGUCUGAUGGCCCUUGCAAGUGCCCAACACAACCAUGAACAUCAUAGGGUGAACGUGGCAGUCUACUACGAGGCUUUGUGUCCGGAUUCGAUCAAGUUUUUCACACAGCAACUGUAUCCGUCGCUCCAGGGGAAUCUUUCGCAGUUUGUCAAUCUGACGCUGUUGCCCUACGGCAAGUCGAAGACAACUGAACAAAUUCCCGGCCAAUACGAUUUCAACUGUCACCAUGGACCAGCCGAAUGCCAGGGGAAUCGUCUCCAAGUCUGCGCCCUUCGCACCAUCGGCGAGGGUCACAACUCGGAAGGUUUGGGCUACAACAAAGUUGCCACGGCGUUUAUCAAUUGUUUGAUGGACAAAGUGAAACCCAAUGGAAAUCAAACCCAAUUCCCCACCCAAGAUUGUGCCACCAUCAACCAUGUGCCCAAUUAUGUCAAUAUUGAGAAUUGUGCCAAUCACGUUGAAGGAUCGCAGUAUUUGGCCGAGGUGGGUAAACAGACGGACGCUUUGAAACCGCCCCUAACUUCAGUCCCCACUGUCGUCUUCAAUAAUCAGUACAAACAAGAUGAUAAUGAAUUGGCUAAAACCAAUUUCGUCAAAGCUUUAUGUCAAUACAUUCACGGGGAAAAACCGGCCGAAUGUACGAAAAAUUCCGCACAUACUGCUAAAAUUAAUUAUGCACUUUUCGGUGUCUUUGCAUGCGUUUGGCUCUAUGCAGUUUAGAGUUAAUCGACCAAUAUUUCCAAUUGUACCUUUUCAAAAGAUUGUACUUUAAAAUAAUUGAGGUUAGGUUAUAGAAUUGUGGCCCUUUACAAAACAAGCAGAGCUACUUAUAAAUACUUUAUAUGACUAGGAUGUAUUUUUUUUAAUAAGAAUAAAUAAAUCCUCCAUUACAA